AUGAAUAAAGAUGACAUAGAUGGAUUAAAUGUAUUCUCGCGUGAUGGUAUAGAUAAGAACCAAAAAAUCUUUAUUCAAACAUUGGAAAUAGAAAAUGCAGAAACAGAAGUAGAAACAAAUGAAACUGCUGAAAGAGACAGGUGUAGUAACUCCACGUUGGAAAUGUUGUCUGCAUUAAGUAUCCAUGGUCAAAUGGGAGGGAGCAAUGAAAAUGGUAAUCAUCCAAAAUUAGUAGAAGAAAGGAAGGAAAAUGGGAAUGGUAAGCUUCCAAAAUUAGUUCAGGAAAGCAAAGGGAUUGCGAAUCUUCCAAGACCAAUCGGUGUCUUGGAGGGUGAAUAUCCACGAGCUCAAUCAGGAGAAGAUUCCAAUUCUGUAAAUGGUAAAAAUGGAUUGAACAACGCCAAUGCAGCUAGUAGUGCUACUUACAUUUGUAACUUAGAUGAAGGGGUAGCAGUUCCAGUAAAGAUGAACCAAAAUGAAAAUGUGAAAGCUAGACUAAAUGAGGACUCGCAACGAGUUAUUGAAGAAGACAAAUUUGCACUACAUUGCAGUAAAGAAAUCACUGAAGUAACUGAUACUUGCAAAAAGAAUGCAAAGACAUGUCUACAAUUGGAUAACUCAAAUGAUGUUAAAGAAAUUACGUGUAAUUACACAGAAGGAGAUAAAAUAAAGAGUAAUAAAAAAUUUACUAUAUCUAAUGAUUACAGCAAUAGCUGCAUUAGCACAAUGCAUAAUGACAACAGUGAUGUGAGUGUAGAAUUGUUAAGAAAAAAUUUGGAACUAGAUUCUCCUAAUUACGAAGGAAAGAAUGAUAGUGUGAAGCUAUCCAAUUUUACUUCUAUCCUAGAUGUGAUAUCAAAAGAAGGAGAUGCGAACUUGUUAUAUCCCAUCACUCCAAGUGGUACAAUAAUAUGUAAUGAGGAGUUAUAUGCAAUUGAAAAAUACACAAAGGAGGAGACUGAUGUGAUGGAUGCAGUUAUUAAAUCAGUGAUUACUACUACUGGUGCUACUACUACUGGUGCUACUACUACUGGUGCUACUACUACUGGUGCUACUACUACUGGUGCUACUACUACUAGUACCUCAAAAGGGAUCCAACAGAACGAAAUUAAUAACGAUUUUAUAAACAGUGAAAAUGAGCUGAUAUAUUCCUUUACAGAAUCAAUAAACAAUUUCAAGAAAGAAAUACAGGAAAAAAACAAAAGCAUCUUCGAAGAAGUGAGCAAAAGAGGACACACGUUUAUCUUAAAAAUACAACAAGUAUUUUUAAGCAAAACGAAAAAUAUAUUUUGCACAAAAUGCAUUGAUCAACAUGGCUUAUUUAACAAUAUACAUCAUGAUAUAUUUAAGGAAAUAUUAAAGAUAAAAAUAGAAAAACAUACUAAUGAAAUUUACAUGAUUAAUCUUUUAAAAAAAAUAAAAAAUGAUAUUAAUAAAGCAAAUUACAUGAUAAUGAAGAAUGUAAACCAACAUAUUGCUGACUCACAUUUAACUAUACAAAACAUAAACAAGGACAAAAUAGUUCUUAUAGGUACGAUAAAAAAUCUUGAACAUAAUUUAUACAAAAUGAAAAAUGAACAAGAACUUAUAAUGUCAAGAGUUAAAAUCAGUAUUCAUAAAAGUUUUUUGAAUUUUACAGAUUAUAUUUAUCACCUCUUGUUAAAUAUUUACACCUCGAUUUGUGAAAAAAGUGAUAAAUUGUCAUUUUUAAUUAAUCAAUUUAAAAAUAUAAACCUUGAACGUAGAAACAAUCUCAAAAUAAAAAAGAAAAACAAACCAAAGAAGGAACAUCAAAUUGGAGAUACACUUCAUAGCGAUGGAUUACAUAGUAUCAAAAAAAAAAAUAGAAAACAAAAAAGGAAAAAAAGUUCCAAGAUGAUAACAGAAAGUUAUGCAUCAUCCCAUAAAGAAAGAUAUCGUCGCCAUAGUGACAAUUUCAACUCAUCACAUUUGUCACUAAAAGGAGAAAAUUUAGAGGGUUCUAAUUCACACGACAUGAAUUCGUGCACUUCCAAUUUCAGCUUGUGUCUCUCAAAUGAAUUGUGCUACUCGGACCUUACGCACAUGAACACAAACAAGUUCACAAACAAAAGAGAUAAAAAUAAGGGAAGAACGAAAUUUAAACAAAUGUUAAUCAAGAAAAACACAUCAAAGGAUGAGAAGAAGAGGUCUCGUUCGUUUGAUAAUACGGGGGAAGAAGUUGUACGUCCUUCAAAUGAUAAUGGGAAUCCAUCUUCCAACAAGAGCAUCAAUAAUAAAUCCACAAAAGGGCGAGAUAAGAAAUUAGUUGACAAGGUGAAAAGGAACAAAAAUUGCGAGCGUUACAAGAGAGAUGAGCGAGAGAAACAGUAUAAGAAGCUCUACUAUGAGGAGUUGCAAAAAAACAAAACAUUGCAGUUUCUUCUGGCCAACAAGGAUGAAGAAAUCGCACAAGCACUAAGUGGAACUAAGGAGGAGGUACAAAGAAUAAAAAUGUUCCAUGAUCAAGAAGAGAAGAAAAUGGCAAAGGAAAUAAAUUAUCUACGGGAAUUAAUAGAAAAUGAAGAAAUAAGCAAUAAGAAAUUAGUCAAGAAAAAUGAAGAGUUAGAUGAGUUAAAUCAAAAUUUAAAAAAAAAAGUAGAAACGUCCGAAUAUUCUGAAAAGCAUUUAAACAACAAAUUGUAUGAAUUAAAUAUCUUACUUUGCAAAGAAAGGGAAAAAAACAAAAUUUUAACAUCUCAAAAUGUUAAAUUAAAAAAUGCUUUCAUACGAUACAGAAAUGGGGCGAAUUUAUUUCACAAGAAGAAAUAUGGCCAUAUUCGAAAAGGGUUCAUGAAUCCUAAUCCUGUGGAUUAUGUAGACUUUAGGGAAAAUGAUGAAAUGGUUUUUUAUAACUAUUUUCAUGAAGAGUUGGAAAGUAAUCCCGGCAGUGAUGCAGUUAGUAAUGGUAGAAGUGAUGCAGCUAGUAGUGGUAGAAGUGACGAAUUUAAUAAUCGUGAAAGUUACUCAGGUAGAAAUGACGGCAUGGAAUUGGAUAGCAUUAUCGACAUGGAUGAGGAAAACGAAGGAACCAACAACAGGUAUGAGGCCUUUUCUCAACACAAGAACAAGAUUUAUGGAGAUGCAAUAGAUGGACGAUUCAACAUGAGAGAAAUUAGAUACCCCUUGAUACCAAGGCAACCAAAAAAUAAGCUGCCAUACAGGAAAAAUAAAAAGGGUAUUGAUUCAUUAUGUAACAAUAAAUAUAAUGAACCGUAUAAAAGAUACUAUGAUCAGAAUCCAUUCAAAAACUGUAAAUUAAAUUCUCGCUGUUUCAGUGACAAUUCUGUUGAUGUUAGGGUGCCACGAAAGGGCCAUAGUCUCCUCCGUAGACAAAAAAAAAAGGAGAUCCAUGGAAUUCCUAAAAAUGAAAAGGGAGGCCAAAUGGGGAAAACAAAUGGGCAAAAGUAUGAGCAUGAAAAAGCAGACAUAAUAAGCUACGAGAUACGAAAGGACAUUGAAAAUUUUGACGAAAAGAAAUACAAAAAAGUUAUAAAGAAUAUCACCAAGGAGGAGAAAGAGAUUGAAAAAAUAAAAGAGGACGAUUUGUAUUCUAUAUUUAUGCAAAAUUGGGAGGAAUCCCAAAUGUGCGAAGAGAAUAGGGAUAAAAUCGACUACCUCAACUGGUCUGGAUCGUUUAUGCAACACUUGAAUUGUUCUGGUGUUUACACUGGGCAAAGAAUAGGUAUUUAUGAUAUUGGCAAUUCUGAAAAAGCUGAAAAUGCAGAAUGUGCAGAAACUACCUCUCUGAAUGCCACGAAUAAUAUCCAAAGGGAUUACACAAAUGACGAGGGGCACAAAUACCCCAAAAAAAAUAAUAUCCAUGAAAUUUCUACUAGAGAAUCAAAAAAAGUGGAUCAAGAAAAUGGUCAGAAAAAUGGCGCAUCCUAUUUUUACCUGAACUGUUCAGAAGAAAAUGUCAAAAAUGUCCAAUUCGGCGAAAUUGUGAAUAGCUUAUCAGAAAUGAAUAACUGCACAGGUGAUAUUUGCAUUGGAGUAAACGGAGAAGUGGGUUCUGCUAAUGAAUCACAAAAUGGAAACCAAAGAGACUUAGUAGAUGUGGAGCAAAAGAUGCAGCAUGAACAAGGAAAGGCAGAAAGGAACAAUGAGGUGAUUACUUCAAAAGGGAAAAAUAUGGAUCAUACUACCAGCCCUACAGACCAAGGGACGGAUAAUUUGAAUGUGCAGAAUGGACAAAGUUUUAAGCGGUUUAACGUGAUAAAUUGUGCAGAGAGAAACGAGAACUUGUGUGUGGAGGAAGGAUAUAAUGAAGUUAUAAUGAACUAUGAAACAUAUAAAAAGAAUAAAGAAAAAUUUAUGCAUCUGAGUUUAAAAAAAAAAGCACUCGACGCGGAUAGAGAGGAUAUUAUGCCAGAAAUGAACAUAAAAAAGGAUGGCAAUAAUAAUAAAAGCAAUAGUAGCAAUUGUAGAAAUUGUAGCAAUAAUAACAAUAGCAAUAAUAGUAGUGCGAUACUUGAUAAUGUAUUAAAUAAGGAACGGAACAGAAGUAGCAGUAAAAAGGGUGUCCUUUAUUACACGGAAAAACAGGAGGGAUUGAAAUUCGAUAAAAACUGCACUCCGUUUCAGUGCAUACAAAAUGAGCGCAGUCAAAGCAACGGAAAAGAUAUGGCACAAAACAGAACCGUGCAGAGUAGCACGAUACAUUCUGUGUGUGGGGAAAUGGACCAAGGAUGUAUGAUUCUAGAUAAUAGUAUAGAUGUAAUGUAUAAAAAUUCACACAUUGAUUACAACAGCGCGGAUGUUCAUUUUUUUCAAAUGUCUAAGAAUAAAAAAGUCAUAAGUAUGGAGAACUCAGUAGAUAUGAAAAAUGAAGAAAAGACUAGUGCCGGUUCAAACAUAGAGGUGGAAAGAAUGAAAUCUGUCAAAAUGUCACAUUAUUAUUUGGACUCAAAAGAAUUGACGCUACAUAACGUGAACAAUAAUACGUUAUGUAAAAGUGUUACUAGUUGUCAUGGAAUACAAAGGAGCGAUUUUUUAAACAAAAAAAAGAACUUGAAUAUUGAGGAUAUUAUCAUUCCCUCUUCUAAUGAAACGGUAAAUUGUGAUAAUCAUCACCAGAAUAACCCUUCCCACAUGUUGAUUAAUACGCAAUGGAUAAAGAAUGUUGAAUGUACGUUUAGUCCCCCUAAUGUAUGCGGUCCCAGGAAUGAUACUUAUAAUGGCACAAAUUUAAUUGAUCAAAAAAAAUUCGAAAUUAUGCAGAAUGAAGGAGAAAAUAAAUUAUGUGAUUACUCAUUGCAUGAGGCAGAUGCCACAUCUACUAGUGCAACCGCAGGUGCAAUUUCUUCAGUGGAUGAGAAGCUUAAGCUUAAUGAAAGAAGCCAAGGUGCUACACUAAUUAAUUGCCAUCAAACUGAUGAAUAUACAUGCAACCGAAAAAACAAAAUGGAAAAUUACACACAUGACAAGGUUAGCAACGAUUGGGGAAAUAAAAACAAAAUGAAUAAUCAUGGGUGUACAAAUGAAAUUGUAAAUGCAGGAUUGGAACAAUGUUUAACAAGUUCAGUUGUUCCAAACAGAGAUUCCUGUGAAAAUGUGUCAAAAAAGAAAAGUGUGGGAGAUAGGGGUGUGUUAAGUAGAUUACUGAGAAGAAAUUAA